CUCUCUCUCUCUCACUUCUGCUCCAUUACCUUAGCUCAGCUCACCCUCCUCAGAUCUUCUCCAUUCUCUCUUCAUUCUCAACCCACCCACGACACACCUCACUCGAUCCGCAAUCCAUUCUUCGCCGUUCCUCUCUUUCUUGAAGCAAUCGAUCCUCCCGGUUGAGGUAAUGAUAUGAUGAUGGGUCGGUCGGCCCUGUCGCACGCUGAGGGCUUCAGGCCGGAGAAUUUGGGCCACCAUGCGUUGGCCAUGAUUGGGAACCUUUGCUUCACGAUAUUCGUGAUCGGAGUCCUAAUCUUCACGAUAAUCGCUGCUACUUAUGAGCCUGAGGACCCGCUUUUCCAUCCCACAACCAAGAUCACCACGUUCCUCACUUCCAACUCCAACGCCACCUUCAAGGACGAUAACACGGUCGUCAAGACCGGCGAGGAUUUCAUGGCCGUGAAUCAGACUGUGUUCGAGUCCUUCAUUAACGUCACUGACGUUGAAGCUCCUCCCAAUACUGUGGAUGCGGCGUCGAGUGGGUGUGAGGGUGCUGCCGGUCAGCCUGUUGACUGCAGGGAUCCGGAGGUGUUCCACUUGAUGAUGAAGGCUGCCAUUGAAAUGUUCAAGGACAUCCAUUUCUACCGAUUUGGGAAACCAGUUGCUGGGAACAAUGACAGUACCUGCGACAUGGCAUGGCGGUUCAGGCCUAAGGAAGGGAAAACCGCUGCAUUUUACAAGGAUUAUCGGAGGUUUGUGAUUGCCAGAUCGGAGAAUUGUACGCAUACCGUAGCUAGUAUUGGGGAGUAUCAUACCGGUGUGAAUGCUCGGAAGAGGAAGAAAAAUCAGAAACCCGGUUUUGAGAAAAAGCCAGACCAAUCACUCGGAAUGUUACCUGUCGUGGGAGAGACAGUUAAUGACGCCCUUCCUGUCGUCGAGUCUGAGAAGUCGUUUACACACGGGAAGUACUUGAUCUACAAUGGCGGUGGAGAUAGAUGCAAGAGCAUGAACCAUUAUCUCUGGAGUUUCUUGUGUGCCCUUGGUGAGGCACAGUACUUGAACAGAACGUUGGUCAUGGACUUGAGCAUAUGUUUGUCUAAGAUCUACACUUCGUCAAAUCAGGACGAGGAAGGUAAGGACUUCAGGUUUUACUUUGACUUUGAGCAUCUGAAGGAGUCCGCUUCGGUUUUGGACCAGCAGCAGUUCUGGGCUGACUGGAACCAGUGGCAGCAGAAAGAUAAGUUGAACCUUAAUCUUGUGGAGGACUUCAGGGUCACUCCUAUGAAGCUUCAUGACGUGAAGGACACCUUGAUAAUGCGGAAGUUUGGGUCAGUGGAACCGGAUAAUUAUUGGUACCGUGUCUGUGAAGGAGAGACGGAGUCUGUUGUUCAACGACCGUGGCAUUUGCUCUGGAAAUCGAGGCGAUUAAUGGAUAUUGUUUCAGGAAUUGCCACUAGGCUGAACUGGGAUUACGACUCGGUUCACAUCGAGCGAGGUGAGAAAGCAAAGAACAGGGAGCUGUGGCCAAAUCUUGCAUCCGACACUUCUCCCGAUUCGCUCCUCUCGACCUUGAGAGACAAAAUUGAGGAAGGUCGGCAUGUUUACAUUGCAACAAACGAGCCCGAUAUGUCCUUCUUCGACCCCUUGAAGGACAAGUACACGACCCAUUUUCUUGAUGAGUACAAGGACCUGUGGGACGAGAACAGUGAGUGGUACUCGGAAACCACGAAGCUCAACAAGGGAAACCCAGUCGAGUUCGAUGGCUACAUGAGGGUCUCGGUCGAUACUGAGGUGUUCCUUCGUGGCAAGAAGCAGAUUGAGACCUUCAACGGCCUCACGAACGACUGCAAGGAUGGGAUUAACACCUGUAGUACUGCCUCCAGUUGAUGGAAUAGUAAGUAUAUUAUGAAACCAUGAGCUCUCUCGAGUCUCGACGUAUGUAUUUGCCAGUUCGGCUGGAUAUUGUUACCGCUUGUACUUUGAGUUGUUAUCGUGUUUCAGAAAGCAUAUCAUACUUUAAGUUAAUAGGGUAGCUUUGCAGAAAGAAUUUGUUUGUUUAGAAACUUCCAUGAGUGUAUUGCCAAGUCAGUCAGUCCAUGAAAUUGUUCUUUUCAACUGCGAAAGCAUUUCUUCUCUUGUUGUGUUU